AUGUCGUCGAGGCGCCUGAGGGGGCGCGGGGAGAAGAAGGAGCGCCCGGCGCUUGCAGACAAAGAGGUCAGGAGGUCGAAGGGCUUCACAGAGAAGCGUUACGUGACUGAUUGGUUUCACCUCCAGUGUGAACGGACCUGUGAAAAACACCAGAACAACAGGAAGGACGUGGAAGGCGUCCGUCAGUUGGAGAAAUUCACAGAGCAGGAGACGGCCGUCAUCACAGAAAUAUGUGAGGAUUUCCCUGAAAAUGCUCUAAAAUAUGCCGUGAUCGUCUUCACUCAUGGUGACCAGCUCCAGGAGGGAGUGACCAUGGAGGAGCAUGUGGAGCAAACCUUCUGCUGGGCGUUCAGCUUCGCCUGCACCCUGCUGGUGCUGCUGGUGGAGCUGUUCGGCCUGCAGGCCCGGGCCCCCAUGUCCUGGACCAACUUCCCCAUCACCUUCGCCUGCUACGCCUGCCUCCUCUGCCUCUCCGCCUCCGUCAUCUUCCCGCUCUUUUUCCUCAAGUACCAGAACUCCCCCGGCGAGGCCCGCGACCAUCGCAUCGCCGCCACCGUCUUCUUGUGCCUGGCGACGGUGGCCUACAUGGGGGAGGUGGCCGGUUACAUGGCCACAGCCCCGGGCCUGCUGAAGGUGUGCCAGACCUCCGUGGCGUGCAUCCUCUUCCUCCUGGUUUGCGACCCCGUGACCUACGACCGGCACACGGCCCUGAAGUGGUGCAUGGCGGUGUACUGCAUCUGCUUCAUCCUCUCCGUGGCCGUGGUGGUGCUGUGCGUGGGCGAGUGUACUGGCCGCCUCCCCGUCCCCUUCUCAUGCACCUGA